AGGUCUUCGCCGCCGAGUGCAUCCUGAGCAAACGGCUCCGCAAGGGCAAGCUGGAGUACCUGGUCAAGUGGCGCGGCUGGUCCUCCAAACAUAACAGCUGGGAGCCAGAGGAGAACAUUCUGGACCCGAGGCUGCUCCUGGCCUUCCAGAAGAAGGAACACGAGAAGGAGGUACAGAACCGGAAGAGAGGCAAGAGACCUAGGGGCAGGCCAAGGAAGCACAUGGUGAUGUCGUCUUGCAGCCGGCGUUCCAAACUUAAGGAAUCCGAUGCUCCCUCCAAAUCCAAAUCCAGCAGUUCCUCCUCUUCCUCCACAUCUUCCUCCUCCUCCUCAGACGAAGAGGAGGACAGUGACUUAGAUUCCAAAAGGGGCCCCCGAGGCCGAGAGACCCACCCAGUGCCUCAGAAGAAGGCCCAGAUCCUGGUGGCCAAGCCUGAGCUGAAGGAUCCCAUCCGCAAAAAGCGAGGACGCAAGCCCCUGCCACCGGAACAGAAGGCCGCCCGCAGACCUGUGAGCCUGGCCAAGGUGCUGAAGACUGCUCGAAAGGACCUGGGGCUCCCAGCUAGCAAGCUUCCCCCUCCACUCAGUGCACCUGUGGCAGGCCUGGCAGCCCUGAAGGCCCAUACCAAGGAGACCUGCAGCGGCCCCAGUGCCAUGGCUACCCCUGAGAACCUGGCCAGCCUGAUGAAAGGCAUGGCGGGCAGCCCCAGCCGCGGCGGCAUCAGCUGGCAGAGUUCCAUUGUGCACUACAUGAACCGCAUGAGUCAGGGCCAGGCCCAGGCCGCCAACAGACUGGCGCUCAAGGCCCAAACCACUGGCAAGUGUGGCCUCGGGCUGGACCUGAAGGUGAGGACGCAGAAAGGGGAGCUGGGGAUGAGCCCCCCAGGAAGCAAGGUCCCAAAGGCCUCUGGGAUCAGUGGAGCUGCCGAGCAGAAAGGGGGCAGCACAGGGGGAGCUCCCCACACCCACGGCAGUGGCAAGGUCCCUGCCGGGUGCCCAGGUUCCCAGCCAGCGCCCACCCAGGAGCUGAGCCUGCAAGUCUUGGACUUACAGAGUGUCAAGAAUGGCGUGCCUGGGGUGGGCCUGCUUGCCCGCCAUGCCCCAGCCACAAAGGCUGUCCCUGCCACCACCCCAGCCACAGGGAAGGGUACUGGGGGUGGCCCCACUGGGGCAGGCGGGGCCUGUAUGCCUGUAGACAUGGGCAAAGGUGAGAAGCUGGUCUCCAGGGCAACAGCUCUGCCCAACCCGUCUGGCAAGAGGGAGACCACCAAGGGCAGCACAGCCUCCAGCGGGCAGGAGGGCCACACGGCUGCAGGGGAAGUUCGCAAGGCAGCCACCCUCUCAGAGAUGAGCACAGGUGAGGAGAACAGCACUUCGGACUCAGACCCCGACUCAUCUUCGCUGCCUGGGGCUGGACAAAGCCUGUCAGUUUCUGUCCAGACCAGCCAGGACUGGAAGCCCACCCGCAGCCUCAUUGAGCACGUCUUUGUCACUGACGUCACAGCCAACCUCAUCACGGUCACCGUGAAAGAGUCCCCGACCAGCGUGGGCUUCUUCAGCCUGAGACAUUACUGAGACCUCUGUCACCCUGACCCAUGGCCCCCAGCCACCCAGGUCUGCCUGCCUUACUGUCUGGUUUUGCUCUGGCAUGUGACCCCUCUUGAGGGGCUGGGGAUGAGUGAAGUCUCCUUGGCAGGCAGGUUUGUCCUCACUCCUCCUUGUCCUGGGACUUGGUAACAAGCUGUCCCCUUGCCUUGCUGGGACCUGGCUUCCCCACUACCCUACCUCUCCAGGCCCCCGCCUCAGCCUGUGUCUCCUCAGGACCCCUGGGUGGCCAGUGCCUCAAGCCCCCAGCUGAGCAUGAGUCUGAGCCUCUGGCCUGGCCCCAGUGAGACCAGUGGCAGGGUCAGAGGGGCUUCUUAAACAGCUGCUUACCCCAAGGAGUGGGGAGAAAAAGCGGAGGAACUCUAGUGUCCCCUUUUCCUGGCACCAUUUUUUAGAAGAUUGAGUGGGGCAGGCAGGACCCUCCUUCAGAGUAGUAUCUAGGCCUUUGAGGGAUCCUGGCACGUGGUGGGCCUUAAUGUAAAAGGACAAGUUCAGAGCACAAGGUCACCACCUAGCCCUGGUUCGGAGUAACAUCUCCAGCCUCCAGGUGCUCGCCUGAGACAGUCCCGCUGCUCUGGUUCACCUGAGGGCCCUCCAGGUUCAAGAGCAGGAGGAUCUGGUGUCAUGGCUGCUCCUUCCUGCCAACCUGCACCCCAGUGGGAGGUGACCCUGGGCUCCAUAGAGUGCAUCCUAGCUGUGGGGCUAAAGCCCUGGACUUGGGGUGGAAAGGUAGGAAGUGGAGGAGCUUGGGCAUGAGGUGGGCCUGGGCAUAUGAAACUCUCUCCACAAGUUGGAAUUCAUCUUCUGGUGACAAGGGACCAGCUUAGCUCUUGCAGUGCCCAAAGCUGCCCCUGCCAGCCACCAGAGGACCAGAAUGCAAGUGUUUGCUGCAGGCCCACAGUGACACCCCCGGUGGAUAGGCGGUUGCUGGGGGGCUGCUUUCUUUGACAAUCCCCCCCACCUUUGGGGGUUUCUGUAUCUGCUCCUUCCCAGCAGAGAAGAAAUGUCUUUGUACCAUUUGAGGCUGGGCAGCCAAGGACCAAGGUCUUUCAGCCUUGGCCUUGGGGCCCUGCUUACUCCCCGCCUGGGGAGGGACUCAAGAUUGCAAGUCCUUUUUCUGUUCUUUUGGGGUUUUUUGUUUUUUGUUUUUUGGGUUUUUUUUUUUUUUUUUUGUACCAGGAA